AUGUUCCUAUGGAUCAGCCCUGCGGCGAGUGUGAGUCAUGCUCCUGUCGAGACAAGACACUCGGCAAACGAGUUCACAACAAACCAAAUCGAGGAUGCCUUUGCGAAUCUUAUCCCUGGUCAUAUGGACUGGCAAAUGAAGAAGAAUGCUCUCGAGAGCGGACCAUCAAUGUGGAUUCGUAUAAAAAAGACUAUACAGGAGGGCAACGAGGCCGAGCGCGAGAAGAAAGUCGAGCGCACCAAGAGGAUAGCCGUACAAAAAAGCAAAGUUUUGAAGAACGACCAGAGCAAGGCGGACAACGAUGAGACUCUGGCUAACGUUGUGGCCAUAUUCGAGGGACGGGAGGAGAUUGCAGGCGCCAUUGCUGAGGAGCAGGCCGGAAAAGAGGGCAGCAUAGGGGAAUUAGGGCCCCUUGCAGAAAUUAGAUACGGCGAAGAAUACAAGGACAGCUUCGGGAAAGACAACGAGUGGGAUGUGGGAGGCAUGUUGUAG